UCAUCUUAAAGCUGAUUGGUUGAGGUCUUGGCUACGGAAAUCCGUGCUGCGUUUACUUUAGCAUCGGUGCAUCUGUAAGCUGUAAACGUGGUGAUUAUUAAAUGUUUUCAUAACAACACACUAAAACAUUUGAAGAUGGAAGCGGCAGACGAUGCCCGUGUGAGUAAUGAAGGUGUGCCUCCUCAAAACCAAGAUCUGACUUUAAUUCACACAUCCGUUGCUGCUUUUCUGUCUGACUAUGGCUGGUAUCUUUUGUUUCUCGGCGUGGGAGUCUAUCUUCUCAUCCAACAUCUCAGUAAGAAGCGAUCCGGAGGAAAUGAGAGCCAGUCUGCCUCAGCGGUGAACCAAGACCCCGCAUCUGUGGCGAGACGUCAGGAGGCUGUCGAGGUGUCCAGGCAGAGAAUGCAAGAAGAACUGAACGCCAGAGCUGAAGAAUUCAAAGAGAAGCAAAAGCGGCUCGAGGAGGAGAAAAGAAGACAGAAAAUCGAGAUGUGGGAAAGUAUGAAGGAAGGAAAGAGUUUCAAAGGCAACGCACGAGUUGCACAAAACACUGAAGAGGCCUCGUCCUCCACCGUUUUGAAACCAAAGACAGAUCAAAGGCUUCGUAACAGUGGAUAUAAUCCUCUGUCUGGAGAUGGAGGAGGAACGUGCUCCUGGAGACCCGGCAGGAGAGGGCCUUCCGCGGGUGGAUGAGGUUAAAGUGAGGGUCAGACCAAACCUCUGACCCUUUGACAUACAGGAACAUAUACAUAUAUAUAUAACUGAAUAAGGCUGUCAGUGUAGACACUAUACGGAACAUUAGCACGCUAUGCAGAACAUCAGCAUCUUCACGGUUUUAUUUUCUGGCACUCGUGAGAACAACUAAAAAGGCUAAACAAAUGUACUUGUUUAUGUUAUUUAAUCUGUUUUUAUUAGGAACAUGGAAUACAGAAGUAAGACGCCAUCAGCAGCUUAAGAUAUCGAUAAGAUUGUUACACUUGUAGUUGUGAUAACAAUUCUGUCAUUAUUUACUUAAACUCAAGUUUCAAAACAUGGUUACAUUUUUAGUUGAGAACAGAAAUGGUGGAGAAAAAAGACCAACACUAUAAAAAUAGAUCAGACUUGUGUGCCGUUUUCCUCGUCCUGAAAUAUUAUAAAUCAGAAUUAUGAGUUGAGGGAAACGGAAGAAACGUUUUCUAGUAGUGUUUUAUUUGUUCCUAUUCGUACACGUCAUGUGUCUGUGUGUGAUUGACAGCUUGUAAUGAUGCCUCCUCAUUAAAGGUAGUAAUACCUGUGUGGCAGGCUGAUGACUUUCAGUUAUCAAAUAUGUUCCUGUGUUCAUGACCCUUUUAAAAUCUGUGCAGUAGGACGGACUGCAUUUAUAUCUUUAAAGUGCUCGUCUUCGGUUAUACAAAACAUGUUUUACAACAAAUCAAAUCAUGCAGUUGUAAGUAAUGUAGUAUCUAUAGCGGUGUUUUCUGAGUGAUUUGUUUAGGAAAUGAAGUUGUCGUGUCACAGAUUUAUUUCACUGUUCUUGCUCUGGGUUUCUCUUAAUAAAGUCAUUCUUGCUCA